UACACACACAUGCAGGAUGAUGACACGCCCCUCUCGUGAUGCCGCGUUAAAUCUUUAAACAUAGAUGUUCAUGACCGACUCUCUCUCUCUCUCUCUCUCUCUCUCACACACACACACACACACACACAGCGAGAUAGAGCUGCGGUUUCGGCGAUAGCGGAUUACAACCUUCCCCCUCCCUCGUGCGCACAUCUGCCCAGUGUUUAUGUAAUCGCGGGCAUCCAUCCGCACACGGGACAGUGUAACGGCUCUUGGGAACCAACGCUGAAAAAAUAUCUUUUAUUUCGAUUGAGCUCGGUGCUUUACCGGAAUAAAUACACCUCCCUUGACCGCGCCAUUUCAUUGGGAUACGCUUCUGUCUACACGGGAGUUAAAGCCCGCGACAGCACGCGCUCCUCAGCUGAGAGAGAGGGAUGGAGGGAGGGAUGGAGAGAUUGUCAACCAUGAAAAAGUGGGACGCUCGUGGAUAGAGUUCGACAUCCAGUCAGCGAAAGCCGCGAGCUGUUUGGCUUUUUAAUAAUCUGCGGCUCCUUGCGCGGACGACUGCUGUCAUCCUGUAAGACACGCACACAACACACACACACACACACACACGCGCGCGCGCGCGCGCGCGGGGGGAGAGUGGAAUAGGCUAACGGCAUUCCUUUCGACCUGUCAGCGAUGCCCGUCCCCGUGCAACUGGAGUCUACAGGAGAUCACUCCCGUACGUCGGAACCGCGAAGCUGCGAAGAGGCGCUCCUCGUCAGCUCUCAGUGGAUGUAGACGUCUGCUUCCGUCCCAUUGCUGGCGGCUAUGCAUCCUCGGGCGUGUGCGCGCGCGAACGCGUUGGAGUGUGUGUGAGUGUGUUCGAGUGCGUGUGUAAGCGUGCGUGCGCGAGUCAUGGGGAAGGAACAGGAGCUGCUACAGGCCGUGAAGACUGAGGACUUAACCACCGCACAGCGCAUCCUCCAACGACCCAGCAAAGCCAAGUUGCUGGGUCCAGCUAAGAGGCUAAAUGUCAACUUUCAGGAUGCAGAUGGGCUGGCGGCAAUCCACUAUGCUGCGCUGAAUGGGAACAUGGAACUGAUCUCUCUGCUUUUGGAGAACCAGGCAGCCGUAGACAUCAGAGAUCAGAAGGGUAUGCGUCCUCUGCACUAUGCUGCAUGGCAAGGUAAAACUGAGCCAAUGAAAAUGCUGCUAAAGGCGGGGUCAUCCGUUAACAGCCAAUCAGAGGAAGGCCAAAUACCUUUGCACCUUUCAUCGCAACAUGGCCACUAUGAUGGGUCGGAAAUGUUGCUGCAGCAUCAGUCGAACCCCUGUAUCAGAGAUCUUGCCGGGAAAACCCCUCUAGAUUUGGCCUGUGAGUUUGGCAGAGUUGGGGUUGUACAGCUCCUUCUCAACAGUAACAUGUGUGCUGCCAUGCUUGAGCCAAAGGCGUCAGACCCCAAUGGAACAACGCCUCUCCACCUUGCAGCCAAGAAUGGCCACAUCGACAUCAUCAGACUGCUGAUCGGAGCUGGGAUCGAUAUUAACCUGCAGACUAAAGCUGGAACGGCCCUCCAUGAAGCAGCACUCUGUGGGAAGACUGAAGCUGUGCGUCUGCUACUGGAUAGUGGGAUAAGUGCAGGCGUCAGAAACACUCUCUGUCAGACAGCGCUGGACAUCGUUAACCAGUUCACCACCACGACCGCAGGACGUGACAUCAAACAGAUGCUAAGAGAGGCGUCUGCUGCUAUGCAAGUUCGUGCUCUGAAGGAUUACUGCAAUAACUAUGACCUCACCAGCCUCAACAUAAAGGCCGGAGACAUCAUCACGGUUUUGGAACAGCACUCCGAUGGCCGCUGGAAAGGCUGUAUCCAUGACAACCGGACAGGAAAUGACCGUGUGGGAUAUUUCCCAUCCAACAUGGUGGAAGUCAUCAAGAGGGCAGGUCCCUCAGCCCAACAGUAUCUGCGGAUACAGCUCCGCCCCCUGGUCCCUGGCUCUGUUACCAUGGUGAACGGGGACCUCUCCCAAACGUGUCAUAUCCUGUCUUUCCCUCCCCCCCCCCCACAUAACCCUCCCCCACACCAACCGCUCUUCACUUCAUUUGGCUAUAACACACCUGAAGACACACACACAGGUAACCGUGGUCAUGUUGGCAGUCCCCAUGGUUCACCGACACUCAGUGGUCAUCACAGCACUGCCAGUGAAGAAGUGUGGGUCCUGAGAAAACCAGGAGGAGCGGGCAGCAUGGGCAGCACUGGCAGUCUGAGUGGACGUUCCAACAGCUGUGGGCAGAGUGGCAAUGCCAACGCUCACCUGACCAGCAGCACCCCGGUGCCAACCUCACCCGUGCCGGUCUCCACGGCAACCACCACGCCAACCACGACACCUGCCUCACCGACGCCCACCAACACCCACGGCCUCAACGUGCCAGGACUCCACGCACAGGCCGAGGGAGUGAAGCUCCUGGCAACAGUGUUGGCACAGUCAGCCAAGGCUAAAGAGCACCUGUUGGAACAGUCUCGUUCAGUGGAUCAAGGUUCCGGCUGCAGUCAGAGUCCUUCGGUUGCUCCAGGUCGAGAGGCGCGGCAGUUUGUGGAUCCUCUUCUGCAGCGGAAAGAGGAAGCCUCCACUGAGAGCAAGAAUGCGGAGGCGGUCAUUGAUUGGCUGACUGGAUCCCAGCUCCAGUUUUACACCACAAACUUCCUCAAUGCUGGAUAUGACCUGCCAACCAUCAGUUAUAUGACCCCAGAGGACCUCACUGCUAUAGGUGUGUCUAAACCAGGCCACAGAAAGAAGAUGAUCUCGGAGAUCAGCAGGCUGAGUUUCCCUGACUGCCUUCCUGACAAGAAGCCUGCCAGCUUGGCGGAGUGGCUCUCUGGGAUUGGCCUGGCUCAGCACUAUCAGACUCUAGUCCAGAACGGCUACGACAACAUGGACUUCAUCAAAGACGUCAGCAUCGAAGACCUGCAGGAAAUCGGCAUCACCAAAUUAGGACACCAGAAGAAAAUAAUGCUGGCUGUAAGGCGAUUGGUCGAACCAAAUAAGGAGGUGGAUUCCAGGUCAGAACCGAGCCAAUCAGAUGCAAGUUCUGAACAGCCAAUCAAAUCAUCGCCGUCUGUAGAAGAUGAGGUCAGCACUUCACCAUCUCCAAGGUUACGGAGGGCAAAUGCCCCUCCCCCUCUCACAAAGCCUCUGUCUUCUGAUGGAAGCCCUGCACACACACCUACACACACACCUCCAUACACCCCACCCAAAGCCAAACCAGACUCCCCCUCCCACACACACACGCACACACACACACGUCCAUACACCCCACCCAAAGCCAAACCAGACUCCCCCUCCCACACACACACGCACACACACACACGUCCUCCUGCAUACACACCUUCAUCUCCCUCAAGCCCCGCACACACACAUACUCAAGCACAGAGGCACACACACACUCCAGCCGAGUCACACACACACACACACACUCCAGCCGAGUCACACACACUCACACAUACUCCAGCCGAGUCACACACACGCACACACACUCCUGCGGUGCCCCAGCUGUGCCUGCCGGAGGGCGAGGACUCCGCGACUCCCCCUGCUGGCCUGAGAGUGAAGCGUAGCAGCAGCAGCCAAUCACAGGGCUCUCUCGAUCAGGCCGGUGUCAACCGCAGCCAAUCACAGGGCUUUGCCACCACCACGCGCCCGCGCAGGAAGUCCCGCCCCCCGACCCCACCCAAGCGCUCCUGCUCCUCCGUCUCCCAUAGCAACCUAGCAGAGGGGACCUCGGCAUACAAUCAGACAGAGACGGAGGCGGGGCUUCUCAGCGUGAGCUACAGAGAGCGCCGCCGUAGUGACUGUGGUGUGGUUGCUAUGGAAACGAGCCUGUCCUCAUCAGCAGGAGGGGGGAGUGUCCGAGACAUCGCUGCUAUGCUGGAAAUGACAUCACCAUUGGGGGGAGGAGUCACUGGAGGAGGCUGCAGCUAUCUGCAGGCCAGCCCAGAGUUCCUGAGACGGCAGCGAGAGGCGGUGACCUUGGACGACCUUCAGGAGCGCAGACGCACCAUCUGCGGGCCACCUACGGACCUGGUCGCCACGGCAACAGGACAGCACCCACCCACCAUCCGAGAGGUCCCAGAGCCACGCCCCCGCUCUGUGAUUGGUCACCUGGAAGGAGGAGGCGUGUCACAGGAAGAGUGGUCACGUGUGGACGCCACGGCAACCCUGCGGAAGCCCCGCCCACUGCAACAGCUAAACGAAUCAGACACAAGCACAGUCCGCCGACGCCCCAAACCCCGCAGCACUGCCGAGCAACAGCCAAUCACGGACGAGUAUCAGAGGCGCCCCGUGUCAGACACUGGCACAGGGUCAGAGGUCAUGUCUCGGCCCCAACCCCCAAAACCCCCCGUCUCCCCAAAACCCCCCACUGCGGCUCGCCACGACCCCCCCACACCGGUCAGGAGGGUACUGCUCACACCCACCAGCCCAGAUGUGAAGAGAGAGCCUCCACCUGUGGCUCCGAAACCCUCCAGAGCCAAGAUCCCUGCUCCUGCACCUGUUACCGCUAGCGACGGUAGUAUCCAUGGAGAUGCCAAUCUCGCCUCACCUGUCUUGCAGAGAGAUGCAAGCUCCGCCCCUCCAACUAUGACCCCUCCCCCAGCUGCCAUAAACAACUCCAGCAACCCCAAUCCUAGUCUUAAUCCUAGUCUCAAUCCUAGUUUUAAUCCUAGUCUUAAUCCUAAUCCCCUGCACAGGGAGCCCAGCCCCACUCCUCCAUCCCCUGCCCAGACCCCAAGCCCCCAGACACCGCACCCUGUGAAGCCCCCCAGAGCCUCCAUCGCUGGCCUGUCGGUGGACCUGCCCCAGCAGAUGGAGCUGGAUCUGGGUGGAGUGGAGGCGGUGCAGCAGAGACUACGGGAGGUGGAGAAGCAGAGGGAGGAGGAGGAGAGGAAGUUGAGGGAGAUGGAGAGACACAGGAAGGAGGAGGAGAAGAAACUGAGGGAGCUAGAGAGACAGAGAGCAGAGGAGGAGGAGAGGAGGAGGAGAGGAGGAGCUGAGGAGGAGGAGAGGAGGAGGAGGAGCGAGCAGGAGCACAUGGAGGGGGGAGGGGGAGGAGUCCGGAGGAGGAAAGUGGGCGUGGCCAGGCAGGAACAAGUUCAAGGAGAGUUGGAGGAGGUGGAGCCUGUUUCCGUGGAGAACAGCGUGAGGCCGGGGCCUGUCCCUACCCAACGGAGGCUCAGUGGCGUAAACCAGCCAGCGGCACCCACCCCACCUCCCUCUGGGCCUGCACGGAUGCAAGGAGCUGGGCCACUUCCCUCUGUGCCGCAUGGAGCUCAAUCUCCCCCUGCAGACGUCCACAGACUGGAGGAGACCAGCACCAACCUAGCCGCUGCACUGCAGGUGGUGGAGGAGAAGAUCAAGCAUGACAACAAUUCUGCGGAAGAGAAGACCUCGGUCAGCAUUCUGGAUGACAUCGGCAGCAUGUUUGAUGACCUUGCUGACCAGCUGGAUGCCAUGUUGGACUAAAUCCUACCCAGAAUCCUCAGUCUGAACUCUGACCUUCUGAACCCGGGAUAUGGAGAGGUCUGACCUCAUGACUUCAUUAACAGAUGGCUUCUACCUUUAUGAGACCCUACUCUGACCCUGAGGGACUGGACUUCCUGUCACCAGGCAGGAGUUCCAGUAACCUGAUUGGAGUUUCUGGAGUUCUUGUAACUUGAACAAGCUUCCACGUGUUCUAUAAGAAUGGAUAAAUGGUGACCUUUGACAUUUCUCUGGACUGCCACAGUUCUAUACCAUUUGGUUCCGCCCUAUCCUGUGGACUGCUACGGUUCUAUCCCAUUUGGUUCUGCCCUAUCCUGUGGACUGCCACAGUUCUAUCCCAAUUGGUUCUUCCCCAACCUGUGGACUGCUAUGGUUCUAUCCCAUUUGGUUCUGGUUCCGCCCUAUCCUGUGGACUGCUAUGGUUCUAUCCCAUUUGUUUCUGGUUCCGCCCUAUCCUGUGGACUGCUAUGGUUUGUUACCAUGCUUUCCAUCCAAACCAAAAUGAAGUCUGUAUCAGAUGUAAAUCUGCAUACAAAACCUUCCAACAUAACCCAAACAUACUGUACAUCUACACCCACCUCUGAACCCGCUACAGAGACCACAUCACCAGACGGACAGACAUGGAACCAACUUCUGGUUUCUUGAACUCAGUCAACCCUUACCUUAGCCCAUGGUGAAGACCCUACACAUUCCAUUGAGUAGCCAAACAAGGCCAUGUCAUAUCAAGCUGUGCUGUUCUUAAUGUUAAUGUGUGAAAUAUUCCUCUGUUCCACAUGCUGUGUCUGUGUUGCUGUGACGUUCCCCUCCUGGUUGUGCAAAGGUCUAUAUUUGCUGUGGAAUCCCCCCAUGUAGGUAGUUUCAAUGUUUUCUUUGUAACUGUCUAGACCUCAGAUGUCAAGCUUUGAGGCAAACCGAGUUUGAGUGCCCACCCGUUCUCCUGAAUCACUCAGCCUGAAGUCCCGUUAUCUAGGAUGUCAUUGGUCCAUUCAAGCGUCACUCAGCCCAACAUCCUGUUCUCUGGCAUGUCAUUGGACCAUGCAAGCAUUACUCAGCUUGAGUUCCUGUUCUCUGGCAUGUCAUUGGUACAUUCAAGCAUCACUCAUCCUGAGUUCCUGUUCUCUGGCAUGUAAUUGGCCCAUUGAAGUGUCAUUCAGCCUGAGGUCGAAAAUAGAUCGAAAUACAUCUCAAUCUCAAAUUUGAACUAGAUUAGAAUUGACAUCGUAGCCACACCUCCAAUGUCACAUCCAGCAUGCAUGUUUUCCUUUGAGUGACAUUCAGAUAUCAACUCACUUGUCUCCCGACGCUUAGUAGCUGAAAUUCUGUUGCACGUGGGCUGUCUCCCAGAGGGAAGACUUUGGAGGACUCGUUAUUGUCGUUAUUUGUCAUUCAACGAUAUACGUUAUUCCUAUUGGUAAUCAACUCAGUAACUCAUCGUUAUACAUCAUUCCUAUUGGUAAUCGCAUCAGUCACAAUAUUUUAACUCAGUACUUGCCCACUUCUCAUCUCUCAAUAUCGCCCAAAUGCAAUCUCAUCAUUUGGGGUGAUAGUUGUAAUCUCGAUAUCGCCCAAACGCAAUCUCAUCAUUUGGUGUGAUAGUUGUAAUCUCGAUAUCGCCCAAACACAAUCUCAUCAUUUGGGGUCAUAUCCCCUAUAGUCGUAAUCUCGAUAUCGCCCAAACACAAUCUCAUUGCAUGGUCGCUCAUCAUUUACUGUACUUGCUGUAUAGAGUAUCUGGAUGGGCCUUUAGUCUAAGCAUUCCUCCUCCCAAGUACCGGCAAGUGUGAUCUUCACCUUUAGCGUUAGCAUCAUGUCUUCUUCUAUUGAGUUAAUCUAUCUGAGAUCUCAUUUGUUACUAGGGUUAGGGUCAAAUCUGAUUAGGAGCCUACAGCAUUCUGGACAAACUUCCUCCAUAGUUGAGCUGAUUUGAUCUAGUCUCUUCCAAUUUUUGGACUGGCUUAGAUGAAUUAAAGCACAAUGCCUCUACCAGGGCAAUCCAUCACCAGCCAUGCUGAGAGUACGUGUCUGAGUGAGCGAGUGAGAUUUCUUGAAUUUCCCCUUGGGGAUCAAUAAAGUAUCUAUCUAUCUAUCUAGAUGUGGACUAGUGUGUCUGAGUCUGUGAAAGGACACAGAAAGUGACACGUGUUACUUCUGACUUCUUAUUACUUCUACUCAUUGGACCGUUUGAUUUUGGUUAGGACCCUUUGAUCUGAUUGGACCUUUUGAUCUGAUUGGGCCAUUUGAUCUGAUGAGGCCAUUUGAUCUGAUUGGGCCAUUUGAUCCGAUGAGGCCAUUUUGAUCUGAUUGGGCCAUUUGAUCUGAUGAGGCCAUUUGAUCUAUUCGAUUUGAUUUGGUUUAGGCCUGUUUGAUCUGGGUCACAGUGGAUUUAAUCUCAGACUGAGUGGUGAUUGGGUGAACUGGGUUCAGAUUUCCGCGAUACAGUGUGUGUGUGUGUGUGAUUGUCCAUGUAGUUCAAUUAAUAAGACAUUCCUUUCAAUGUGCUAAAGCAAUCUUCAGCGAUACGGUGUGUGUGUGUGUGUGUGUGUGUGUGUGUGUGCUAAAGCGAUCUUCAGCGAUACGGUGUGUGUGUGUGUGCGUGCUAAAGCAAUCUUCAGCGAUACGGUGUGUGUGUGUGUGCUAAAGUAAUCUUCAGCAAUAGUCAUCAGCUCUCUCUCAACUACAUAACUGCAAUACGACAUCAUCAAUACGAGAGCUGUUUUUCCCCUCUAAGUAUGUGUAUGUCAUUUGAGAGUGUGUGUGUGCUGCUUGAGCCUGCUGAUCUUAUAGCGCACACACACACACACAUACACACACAUACUCACAAACACUCACAUAUACAC